GGUUCCGGAGUCAGCGCCGGCAGGAUGGCGGCGGACACGCAGGUUUCAGAGGCACUAAAGCGUUUUGCUGGGAAGGUGACCACAGCCAGUGUGAAGGAACGGAGAGAAAUCCUGGGUGACCUGGGGAGGUGUGUUGCUGGGAAAGAUCUACCAGAGGGAGCAGUGAAGGGGCUGUGCAAGUUAUUCUGCUUGACUCUGCAUCGAUACAGAGAUGCAGCCUCCCGCAGGGCUCUGCAGGCAGCCAUCCAGCAGCUGGCCGAGGCCCAGCCAGAGGCCACCGCUAAGAAUCUGCUGAACUCUCUGCAGUCUUCGGGCAUUGGCUCUAAAGCAGGUGUUCCCAGUAAGAGCAGCGGCUCAGCCGCCUUGCUGGCCUUGACCUGGACCUGUCUUCUAGUGCGCAUUGUCUUUCCCACAAAAGCCAAGAGGCAUGGUGACAUCUGGAACAAACUGGUGGAGGUGCAGUGUCUGCUGCUGCUGGAGGUGCUGGGCGGCUCCCACAAGCAUGCUGUGGAUGGUGCUGUGAAAAAACUCACUAAGCUGUGGAAAGAGAACCCUGGGCUGGUGGAGCAGUACUUGUCAGCCAUUCUCAGCCUGGAACCCAACCAGAGCUAUGCUGGCAUGCUGGGGCUGCUGGUGCAGUUCUGCACGAGCCACAAGGAGAUGGACGUGGUCAAUCGGCACAAGAGUGCACUGCUGGAUUUCUAUGUGAAGAAUGUGCUGAUAAGCAAAGCGAAGCCUCCAAAGUACUUGCUGGAUAAUUGUGCCCCUUUGCUUCGGUUCAUGUCCCAUUCGGAGUUUAAGGAUCUGAUUCUGCCUACCAUUCAGAAGUCCUUGCUGCGGAGCCCAGAGAAUGUUAUUGAGACCAUCUCUAGUCUGCUGGCAUCAGUGACACUUGAUCUCAGCCAAUAUGCCCUGGACAUUGUAAAAGGCUUGGCUAAUCAGCUGAAAUCCAACAGUCCCCGCCUGAUGGAUGAAGCUGUGCUGGCCCUGCGCAACCUGGCCCGCCAGUGCAGUGACUCCACAGCCACAGAGGCCCUCACCAAGCAUCUGUUUGCAAUCCUGGGAGGCUCAGAGGGAAAGCUAACCAUUGUAGCCCAGAAGAUGAGCGUCCUCUCAGGGAUUGGGAGCAUCAGUCAUCAUGUGGUAUCUGGGCCUUCUGGUCAAGUCCUGAAUGGAGCUGUGGCUGAGCUCUUCAUCCCGUUCCUUCAGCAGGAAGUGCAUGAAGGCACUUUGGUACACGCCGUCUCCAUCCUGGCUCUCUGGUGUAACCGGUUCACUACAGAAGUGCCCAAGAAGCUUACUGACUGGUUCAAGAAAGCUUUCAGCCUUAAAACUUCCACCUCUGCAGUGAGGCAUGCCUACCUGCAGUGCAUGCUGGCCUCCUUCCGAGGUGACACCCUACUGCAGGCCUUGGACUUUCUGCCCUUGCUCAUGCAGACGGUAGAGAAGGCGGCCUCACAGAGCACUCAGGUUCCUGUGGUCACUGAAGGGGUUGCUGCAGCCUUGCUACUCUGCAAGCUUUCAGUGGCUGACUCACAGGCCGAGACCAAACUCAGCGGGUUUUGGCAGCUGGUCAUGGAUGAGAAGAAGCAGGUUUUCACUUCGGAGAAAUUCCUGCUUAUGGCUUCAGAGGAUGCCCUGUGUACUGUGUUGCAUUUGACGGAGAGGCUUCUUUUGGACCACCCGCAUAGACUGACCAGCAGCAGAGUUCAGCAGUACUAUCGCGUCCUGGUGGCCGUGCUCCUGAGCCGCACCUGGCAUGUGCGCAGGCAGGCUCAGCAGACAGUCCGGAAGCUGCUGUCUUCCCUCGGGGGUUUUAAGCUGGCCUACGGCCUCCUGGAGGAGCUGAAGACUGUCCUCAGUUCUCACAAGGUGCUGCCCUUAGAGGCUCUGGUCACUGAUGCUGGGGAGUUGACUGAGACGGGCAAGGCCUAUGUGCCUCCAAGGGUACUGCAGGAGGCUCUGUGUGUCAUCUCCGGGGUGCCGGGGCUCAAGGGUGAUGGCCCUAGCACUGAACAGCUGGCCCAGGAGAUGCUGAUCAUUUCCCACCACCCCUCCUUAGUGGCAGUGCAGUCUGGACUCUGGCCAGCACUUCUCACCAGGAUGAAGAUUGACCCUGAAGCCUUCAUCACCAGGCAUCUGGAUCAGAUUAUCCCCAGUAUCACCACGCAGAGUCCCCUGAACCAGUCUUCCAUGAAUGCCAUGGGAUCCCUUUCCAUCCUGUCCCCUGACCGGGUCCUCCCGCAGCUCAUCAGCACCAUCACUGCGUCUGUGCAGAACCCUGCACUACGCCUUGUGACUCGGGAGGAGUUUGCCAUCAUGCAGACCCCUGCUGGAGAGUUGUUUGACAAGUCCAUCAUCCAGAGUGCUCAGCAGGACAGCAUUAAAAAGGCCAAUAUGAAGCGAGAGAACAAAGCUUACUCCUUCAAGGAACAGAUCAUCGAGCUGGAGCUGAAGGAGGAGAUAAAGAAGAAGAAAGGCAUAAAAGAGGAGAUUCAGCUUACUAGCAAGCAGAAGGAGAUGCUGCAGGCCCAGCUGGACAAGGAAGCCCAAAUCCGGAGGCGGCUGCAGGAGUUGGAUGGGGAGCUGGAGGCAGCGAUGGGACUGCUGGACGCCAUCAUGACCAGGAACCCAGACGGCCUGACUCAGUACAUCCCAGUUUUGGUUGAUUCCUUCCUGCCCUUGCUGAAAUCUCCCCUGGCUGCUCCUCGGAUCAAGAACCCCUUCCUGUCUUUGGCUGCCUGUGUCAUGCCUCCUCGGCUCAAAGCCUUAGGCACUUUGGUGAGCCAUGUCACCCUGCGCCUGCUGAAGCCAGAGUGUGCUUUGGAUAAAUCCUGGUGCCAAGAAGAGCUUUCAGUGGCUGUGAAGAGGGUGGUGACGCUGCUACAUGCCCAUACCAUUACCAGCAGGGUGGGCAAGGGUGAGCCAGAUGCUGCACCCCUGUCUGCACCAGCCUUCUCCUUGGUCUUCCCGUUGCUAAAGAUGGUGCUUACUGAGAUGCCUCACCACAGCGAGGAGGAGGAGGAGCGGAUGGCCCAGAUUCUUCAGAUCCUCACUGUGCACGCCCAGCUGAGGGCCUCCCCCAACACCCCACCUGGGCAUGUGGACGAGAACGGCCCAGAGUUGCUGCCUCGAGUAGCCAUGCUGCGUCUGCUGACUUGGGUGAUCGGGACAGGCUCACCCCGCCUCCAGGUUCUGGCUGCGGACACGCUGACCACCCUGUGUGCCAGCAGCAGCGGUGAGGAUGGCUGCGCCUUUGCGGAGCAGGAGGAGGUGGACGUGCUGCUCUGCGCCCUGCAGUCCUCGUGCGCCAGUGUGCGGGAGACGGUGCUCCGGGGGUUGAUGGAGCUGCACUUGGUAUUGCCAACACCCGAUACUGAUGAAAAGAAUGGCCUGAACCUGCUACGGAGGCUCUGGGUGGUUAAAUUUGACAAGGAGGAGGAGAUUCGAAAGCUGGCUGAGAGGCUCUGGUCCACCAUGGGCCUUGAUCUACAGCCAGAUCUGUGCUCCCUGCUGAUUGAUGACGUGAUUUACCAUGAGGCAGCUGUGAGGCAGGCUGGGGCCGAAGCCCUCUCCCAGGCAGUGGCCCGGUACCAGCGGCAGGCGGCUGAGGUGAUGGGCAGGCUCAUGGAGAUCUACCAGGAGAAGCUGUAUCGCCCACCCCCUGUAUUGGAUGCCUUGGGACGAGUGAUUUCCGAAUCCCCUCCGGAUCAGUGGGAAGCCAGGUGUGGCCUGGCUCUGGCCCUGAACAAGCUCUCACAGUAUUUGGACAGCUCUCAGGUGAAGCCACUCUUUCAGUUUUUUGUCCCUGAUGCUCUCAAUGACAGAAAUCCAGAUGUCCGGAAAUGCAUGUUAGAUGCAGCUCUUGCAACACUAAACACGCAUGGGAAGGAGAACGUCAACUCAUUGCUUCCCGUGUUUGAGGAGUUCUUAAAGGAUGCGCCCAAUGAUGCCAGCUAUGAUGCUGUGCGGCAGAGUGUGGUGGUCCUGAUGGGUUCUUUGGCCAAGCACCUGGAUAAGAGCGACCCCAAAGUGAAACCCAUCGUUGCCAAGCUCAUUGCUGCCCUCUCUACCCCAUCCCAGCAGGUCCAGGAGUCCGUGGCCAGCUGCUUGCCUCCUCUGGUGCCUGCCAUCAAGGAGGAUGCUGGAGGGAUGAUCCAGAGGCUCAUGCAGCAACUGCUGGAGUCAGACAAGUAUGCAGAGCGCAAGGGAGCUGCAUACGGGCUGGCAGGCCUGGUAAAGGGCCUGGGCAUCCUCUCCCUGAAACAGCAGGAAAUGAUGGCAGCCUUGACUGAUGCCAUCCAGGAUAAGAAGAAUUUCCGAAGGCGAGAAGGAGCCCUGUUUGCCUUCGAGAUGCUCUGUACCAUGCUGGGGAAGCUCUUUGAGCCCUAUGUGGUUCACGUGCUGCCCCAUCUGCUGCUGUGCUUUGGCGAUGGGAACCAGUAUGUGCGCGAGGCUGCAGAUGACUGUGCCAAGGCUGUGAUGAGCAACCUGAGUGCUCAUGGCGUGAAGCUGGUACUCCCCUCCUUGCUGGCUGCCCUGGAGGAAGAAUCUUGGCGGACCAAAGCCGGGUCAGUAGAGCUGCUUGGGGCAAUGGCAUAUUGUGCACCCAAACAGUUGUCAUCUUGCCUACCAAACAUUGUGCCCAAGCUCACGGAGGUGCUGACUGACUCCCAUGUCAAAGUGCAGAAGGCUGGACAGCAAGCACUCAGGCAGAUUGGCUCUGUCAUCAGGAACCCCGAGAUUCUGGCCAUUGCCCCAGUCCUGUUGGAUGCCCUCACGGACCCAUCGAGGAAGACCCAGAAGUGCCUGCAGACCCUGCUGGACACCAAGUUUGUCCACUUCAUUGAUGCCCCAUCCCUAGCCCUCAUCAUGCCUAUUGUCCAAAGAGCCUUCCAGGACCGUUCUACAGACACACGGAAGAUGGCGGCGCAGAUUAUUGGCAACAUGUACUCCUUGACAGACCAGAAGGACUUGGCUCCCUACUUGCCCAGUGUGACUCCUGGCCUGAAAGCCUCGCUUUUGGACCCUGUGCCUGAGGUGCGGACAGUAUCUGCAAAGGCUCUGGGAGCCAUGGUGAAGGGCAUGGGGGAGUCAUGCUUUGAGGACUUGCUACCAUGGCUGAUGGAGACUCUGACCUUUGAACAGAGCUCCGUGGAUCGCUCAGGCGCUGCACAAGGGUUGGCUGAGGUAAUGGCUGGCUUGGGGGUUGAGAAGUUGGAGAAGCUGAUGCCAGAAAUCGUGGCGACAGCCAGCAAAGUGGACAUUGCACCUCAUGUCCGAGAUGGCUACAUCAUGAUGUUCAACUACCUGCCCAUCACCUUUGGGGACAAGUUCACCCCUUAUGUGGGGCCCAUCAUCCCUUGUAUCCUCAAAGCUCUGGCUGAUGAGAAUGAGUUUGUGCGUGACACUGCCCUGCGUGCAGGUCAGCGAGUCAUCUCCAUGUAUGCCGAGACGGCCAUAGCACUGCUGCUGCCCCAGCUUGAGCAAGGUCUCUUUGACGACCUCUGGAGAAUACGGUUCAGCUCUGUUCAGCUCCUUGGGGAUCUCCUGUUCCACAUUUCAGGGGUCACUGGGAAGAUGACCACAGAAACUGCCUCUGAGGAUGAUAACUUUGGAACUGCUCAGUCCAACAAGGCAAUCAUCACCGCCCUGGGGGUUGAACGACGGAACCGGGUUCUGGCAGGGCUCUACAUGGGCCGUUCAGACACCCAGCUGGUGGUGCGCCAGGCUUCGCUUCAUGUGUGGAAGAUCGUGGUCUCCAACACUCCCCGCACCCUGCGGGAGAUCCUGCCUACUCUCUUUGGGCUCCUGCUGGGGUUCCUGGCUAGCACAUGUGCAGAUAAGAGAACGAUUGCAGCAAGGACGCUGGGAGAUCUCGUCAGGAAGCUGGGGGAGAAAAUCCUGCCCGAGCUCAUCCCCAUUCUUGAAGAAGGCCUGAGGUCGCCGAAGAGCGAUGAGAGGCAGGGCGUAUGCAUCGGGCUCAGUGAGAUCAUGAAGUCCACCAGUCGGGAUGCUGUGCUGUAUUUCUCUGAGUCCCUCGUGCCCACUGCAAGGAAGGCUUUGUGUGACCCCUUGGAGGAGGUUCGAGAGGCGGCAGCCAAGACCUUUGAGCAGCUGCACUCCACCAUUGGCCACCAGGCUCUGGAGGAUAUCCUCCCGUUUUUACUGAAGCAGCUGGACGAGGAGGAGGUGUCAGAAUUUGCCUUGGAUGGUCUGAAGCAAGUCAUGGCCAUUAAGAGUCGUGUGGUGCUGCCCUACCUUGUGCCCAAGCUGACAACACCACCCGUCAAUACCCGGGUGCUGGCUUUCCUGUCGUCCGUGGCAGGGGACGCUCUUACCCGGCAUCUUGGUGUGAUCCUUCCAGCAGUCAUGUUGGCCCUAAAGGAGAAACUUGGGACUCCAGAGGAGCAGCUGGAGAUGGCCAAUUGUCAGGCUGUGAUCCUCUCUGUAGAGGAUGACACUGGGCACCGGAUCAUCAUUGAGGAUCUGUUGGAAGCCACUCGUAGUCCUGAGGUGGGCAUGAGGCAGGCUGCUGCCGUCAUCCUCAGCAUCUACUGCUCCCGCUCCAAGGCUGACUACACCAGCCACCUGCGGAGCCUGGUCUCCGGCCUGAUCCGCCUCUUCAACGACUCCAGUCCUGUGGUUCUGGAGGAGAGCUGGGAUGCCCUGAAUGCCAUCACCAAGAAGCUGGAUGCUGCUAACCAGCUGGCGCUGAUAGAGGAGCUGCACAAGGAAAUCCGGUACAUAGGCAACGAGAGCAAAGGGGAACAUGUGCCGGGCUUCUGCCUCCCGAAGAAGGGCGUAACCUCCAUCCUUCCAGUGCUGCGGGAAGGAGUCCUCACAGGCAGCCCCGAGCAGAAGGAAGAAGCCGCCAAGGCACUGGGCUUGGUGAUCCGCCUGACGUCAGCUGACGCCCUGCGGCCCUCUGUGGUCAGCAUCACUGGUCCUCUGAUCCGUAUCCUUGGGGACCGUUUCAGCUGGAACGUGAAGGCAGCUUUGCUGGAGACACUCAGCCUCUUGCUGGCCAAGGUUGGAAUUGCCCUGAAGCCCUUCCUGCCCCAGCUACAGACCACCUUUACCAAAGCCCUGCAGGAUUCCAACCGAGGUGUGCGCCUAAAGGCCGCUGAUGCCCUGGGAAAACUGAUUUCCAUCCACACCAAGGUGGACCCUCUCUUCACGGAGCUGCUCAAUGGCAUUCGUGUCAUGGAAGACCCCGGUAUCAGGGACACCAUGCUGCAGGCUCUGAGGUUUGUGAUUCAGGGAGCGGGCGCCAAAGUGGAUGCUGCCAUCCGGAAAAACAUUGUCUCGCUCCUGCUGAGCAUGCUGGGACACGAUGAGGACAACACUCGGAUCUCCUCGGCUGGGUGCCUUGGAGAGCUGUGCGCCUUUUUGGCAGAAGAAGAGCUCAACACCGUCCUUCAGCAGUGCCUGCUGGCGGACGUGUCUGGCAUUGACUGGAUGGUUCGGCAUGGCCGGAGCCUGGCGCUGUCCGUGGCUGUGAAUGUGGCUCCCAGCAGGCUCUGUACAGGCAGAUACAGCAGUGAGGUUCAGGACAUGAUCCUCAGCAGUGCUGUGGCAGACAGGAUCCCCAUUGCUGUGAGUGGGGUCCGGGCCAUGGGCUUCCUGAUGAAGUACCACAUUGAGACGGGAGGUGGACAGUUGCCACCUAAACUCUCCAACCUGUUCAUUAAGUGUCUGCAGAACCCAUCCAGUGACAUCAGGCUGGUGGCUGAGAAGAUGAUCUGGUGGGCGAAUAAGGACCCGCUGCCUCCCCUGGAGCCCCAGACCAUCAAGCCCAUCCUGAAGGCCCUCCUUGACAACACCAAGGAUAAGAACACUGUUGUCAGGGCCUACAGUGACCAGGCGAUUGUCAACCUGCUAAAGAUGAGGCAGGGCGAGGAGCUGUUUCAGUCUCUCUCCAAAAUCCUGGAUGUGGCCAGCUUGGAGGCGCUGAAUGAGUGCAACCGGAGGUCCCUGAAGAAGCUGGCCAGCCAGGCUGACUCCGUAGAGCAGGUGGACGACACCAUUCUGACGUGAUAGGCUGGGGCCCUGCUGUGAUUCAGCUCCACAUCUUCCUUCACUGUUUUCAUUUUUGAAAAUACGUUUGUUCCAAUGGGGAGCUUAGAGAUGGUGUUCCCAGAAAGUAUUUUAAUAUAUCAACCAGCCACAGCCAAAGCCUUAAAUCAAACCCACACACAACUGAAAAUUGCCUCCUCCAUCUCUCACCUUUUUCUUUGGAGAAGAGAAGGAAAAGCACACGCAUAAGCCUCAGCAAGUGGCAGUCCAGGGUCUGCUGUCUGGCUCAGCAUGGCUGGGCCUGAGGCCAGGAGGGUUGAACUUCAGGUUCCUCCUCGGUGUCUGAGCCCUGCGUGAAGAACUGGCACCACCCACCAACCUCUGCCUAUCCUGAGUGGAAAAGACUGUGGAGCUCUGCCCGUGUGCUGUGGCUUGGCUUUCCAACAUUGUGCAGCUUGAUUGGAUCUGACUGGUCAGGUGAAGCAAUACCCACCCAGCUCCAGCUGCAGCACCUCCAGGUCUGGGAGGGAGUAGGUUUACAUGUAGGCCCUUGGAAAAAAGGAUGUUUAAUAAAGGCUUUGAUUUAAUCUUAAAA